AUGGCAGAGAAGGAAUUGACGGUGUUUGUUGUCGACUUGCACCCUUCUGCAAAACAAUCGCAUGACUACCUAUUUGAUGUUCUUGCUGGAAAACUUCUCAAGGGCUUGAAAACGGAUUACAUCUCGGUAUUGGCAUAUCAUUCACCGAGAACUGAGCAUAAACUUGCGGAGAAGGGCGUAUUCCCAGGCAUUGAGGUUCUAGUGGACUUCGAAGUGCCAACCUAUGACUUACUUGCUAACCUCAAGAAGACAUUGACGCCCAAUGAGAGUUGGGAGAGCUCUCAGAGUGAUUCCUUUCAAAGUCUCAUCUUCUCAUUGAGUCUCCUUGAGGAGACCAAGAAGAAGGCAUUCACAAGGAACGUUGUGGUCCUUACAGCUGAGACUUCUCCCCUUGAGUCACUCAAUGAAGAAAAAGCGGACGGUAUCCCUCGACUUCUCCAAGGCCUCAAUGUCAACUUGAUAACAGUAAUAGCCGGGGCAAAGACAGAGACUGGUUUGAGCAAUAGGUGGUCUCUUAUGAAUUCUGCUUUCAGCAAAUUUGUGCUUCUUACAUCUGCUGAGGCUCAGCGUGUCGCCAAGAGUGAAUCAAGCAAUAAAAAAGUUCGGCCAAUGUCGAUCUACAGAGGAGAGCUACGGUUUAGCGCAAACUUCCAAGACAUCAUCGACCAAAGAGCAUACAAUGCUGAAGCCGAUGAUUGCGCCCUUGCAUGGCCCGUCGAAGUCUUCCCGGCAGCAAAGAAAGACGUGACUUCUACAUCAAUGCAUGACUACUUGUUGGAAAAUGGUGAGCUCAUACGGCUAGAAAGAAAGUCGACUCACUACGUGUGGUCCAAAAACGAUGAAUACCAACGACCAGAGUAUCCUGAAGAUGAGGAUGUGGACUCGAAGAAGUUUGACAAGGUUGCGGUCGAAUCCAAAGAUUUCACGUCAGGUUUUAAAUUCUCAAAUUUUGACUUGAUUGCAUUAGACGAAGACUUGAUGGACUCCGCCCGGCUCAAAAUCUUCACGGCAUUUGACAUUCUAGGAUUCGUGAAACAAGCGAACAUCCCACAAGCAUAUCUAACUGGUGAGUCAUUCUUUGUUGUACCAGAAAAGUCUGCAUCUCUUCGAACAUCCCUUAAUCACUCAGCCUUCGUGAAGGCUAUUUAUGAACUCAAAGCAGCGGCGCUCGCUCGUUUUGUGAGGAAACAAGCAAAGGAAAUUGAAUUGGGUGUCCUUUUUCCAAUAAAAGUCGAUGACGGCGGGACCUUCUCGCACAACUUCCUCUUGAUUAGGUUACCCUUUAAGGAAGAUGAAAAGAUUGGAAACUUUCCUCCUCUACAAGCGUCAAAUGAUCUGGAAUCUGAUGCCUCUUCCUUGAUGGAACAGUUUAUUAAAUCGCAAACAUAUCUGGGUGGUGAAACAAAGGAUAAUUAUCCGCUUGUAUCAAAGAGAGUUACUAUGCGAACUUCAGAGAACUCAAAAUUGCCAUUGCCUGGUUCUGAAGAAACGGAUCCCUUUCUUGUUUCUUCACCGGCUCAAGCCAGAUUCACUCGCUAUAUGAAAACCAUUCUUGUGAAGUCUUUAACAGCUGAUAAUCUCGAUGAUUUUUUUCAACAAAAGGAGUUUGUCAACAACGUUUUACGUGACUCUCCACAUUUUACUAAUUUCCUCAACAUGGCAAAUUGCUUGGGUCUGUCUCUGGAGACAGACUGGCUCUCGAAACUACAAACACCGUCCAAAAACUUUGCAAAGAGACUCGUUGACGAGUUGGAUGUGUCCUACGUACGCAAAGCUGAUAUCAAAAAGAGGAAGCCAGGCAAAUCUGAAGAUGGGUAUACUAAGGGUAAUUAUGGAGCUGAUGAGGGUCAAUACGAUGAAGUUCCUGACUUUGGCUUCUAA